AUGUCGGUGUCAUCCAGGAUUGCAUUCAAUGGCUCCUUGCGACUCAUUUCGUCAAAAGCCUAUGCUAAGGGGUAUUAUCCCCCAAAUAAAGGAUUAGCUGACCUGGAUACUUUUGCGCGCAGGCACUUGGGCCCCAAGCCCCAAGAUGUUGAUCAGAUGCUCUCUGUGGUGAAGUGUUCCGACCUUGGUGAAUUCAUUAGCAAGGUUCUCCCAGAAAAUGUUUUUGUUGGAAGACCUCUCAAGAUCAAACCUGAACAGGGAUACACCGAGACCCAGAUGUUGAACCGGUUGAAGGAAAUUGCGUCCAAAAACAAGUUGGUCAAGUCUUACAUUGGAAAGGGUUAUUAUAACACUAUCCUUCCUGCUGUAAUCCAGCGGAAUUUGCUUGAAAACCCGGCUUGGUACACAUCCUACACUCCUUAUCAACCCGAGGUUUCGCAAGGACGGCUCGAAAGUCUGUUGAAUUAUCAGACCAUUGUUUCUGAUCUUACUGGCCUCCCAGUGGCAAACUCGUCUCUUCUUGAUGAAGGUACUGCAGCUGCGGAAGCCAUGAUCUUGUCCUAUAAUCAAUUGCGUGGGAAAAAAACCAGUUACUUCGUUGAUAAGAACACCCACGAACAAACCAUCGCCGUCUUGAAAACCAGGGCCUACACCUUGGGAAUUCAGCUUGUUAUUGAUGAUCUGACUAACGUUGAACCUAUUGCUAGUGAGCUGUGUGGUGUUUUGGUCUCUUACCCUCAAACAGAUGGUACCAUUCCUUCUCCGGAAGUUCUUGCCAGUAUCGCCGACAUUGUGCAUAGCAAUAAAGGUUUGGUUGCAGUGGCUUCUGAUUUGAUGGCUUUGACCCUUCUCAAGCCGCCAUCUGAAUUCGGUGCUGAUAUCGCUUUGGGAUCUUCACAAAGAUUUGGCGUUCCUAUGGGUUUUGGAGGCCCUCAUGCUGCUUUUUUUGCUGUCACUAACAAACUGCAAAGGAAGAUUCCAGGGAGACUUGUGGGUGUCACAAAAGACAGACUCGGUAAUCAGGCUCUUCGUUUGGCGCUUCAAACUCGUGAGCAGCAUAUCAAGAGAGAGAAGGCUACUUCUAACAUCUGCACCGCUCAGGCUUUGCUUGCGAAUAUUGCCGCCAACUACGUGGUUUAUCAUGGUUCCGAUGGUUUGAAGGCGAUCGCUAGGCGAAUUCACGGUCUCACACGCAUUCUUGCCGAUCAAAUUACCGAGAACUCUCCGCAUACCGUUCUCAAUGCCACUUACUUUGAUACGCUCUCCGUUCAGAUUGAGGGAUCUUCAGAUGAAUUCAUCGCUAAGGCCCUCAAUAAGUACAACAUCAAUCUAUUCAGGGUCAACGAUAAACAGAUACAAUUGUCUCUUGACGAGUCUGUCACCGAAGACGACUUGUCCAAGCUCGUGGAAUUGUUCACUUCACAAACGGCCAAUUUUGACGGUGUUCAGUGUCUUCCCGAAUUCCCCAACCAUCUUGCUAGAACAGACAAGAUCCUCACCAACCCAGUCUUCAACACGCACAACUCGGAAACUGCUAUGUUGCGCUAUCUAUACAAGCUACAGCAGAGGGACAUUUCUCUUGCGUCUUCUAUGAUCUCUCUUGGCUCCUGCACCAUGAAGUUGAACGCCACAACGGAGAUGGUUCCAAUCACGUGGGCUGAAUUUGCAAAUAUUCACCCCUUUGUGCCAAGCGACCAGGCCAAAGGCUAUUUGGAAUUGAUCACAGAGCUCGAGAGUGACCUUGCAGAUAUCACUGGGUUCUGCAAAACAACUCUAAUGCCGAAUUCGGGCGCACAGGGAGAGUACACCGGUUUGACAGUCAUUAGAGCUUAUCUAGAGAGCAUUGGCCAGGGCCACAGAGAUGUGGUCCUGAUUCCCGUCAGUGCUCAUGGAACCAACCCGGCCUCCGCUACGAUGGCGGGCCUCAAGGUGGUUCCAGUGAAAUGUCUUAGCAAUGGAAACCUUGAUCUUCAGGAUCUCGAAGCUAAGACCACUAAGCACGCCUCCAACCUUGCUGCUAUCAUGAUCACCUACCCAUCAACUUACGGUAUGUUCGAGCCUACUAUUAGAGAUGCUGUCCGCCUUGUCCAUUCCCAUGGGGGCCAGGUCUAUCUUGAUGGUGCAAACAUGAAUGCUCAGGUGGGUUUGACUUCCCCGGGAGAUUUGGGAGCUGAUGUUUGUCAUUUGAACUUGCACAAGACCUUCGCUAUACCUCAUGGUGGGGGUGGUCCAGGUGUGGGGCCUAUUUGUGUUGCUGAACACUUGAAGGACUUCCUGCCAAAGCACCCUUUGUUUCCUUCCACCAACACUGCGUCGACUGCAAUCAAUCCUGUUUCAGCUGCGCCAUUCGGGUCGGCCUCGAUUUUGCCCAUUUCUUACGCUUACAUAAAGAUGCUGGGAGCUCAAAACCUGCCUUACGCAUCUAGUUUGGCUAUUUUGAAUGCCAAUUACAUGAUGUAUAGGCUUCGCGAUCACUACAAAAUCAUGUUUUUGGGCGAUGAGUCUGCACACCAUGAAAUCAAAUACUGCGCGCACGAGUUUAUUAUUGAUCUGAGACCAUUCAAAGAAUUUGGAAUUGAGGCCAUUGAUGUUGCCAAGCGCCUUCAGGAUUACGGCUUCCAUGCUCCAACUAUGUCUUUCCCUAUUCCAGGAACCCUGAUGAUCGAGCCUACUGAGUCUGAGAACCUGGAUGAGCUCAAUAGAUUCAUCGAUUCGAUGAUCUCUAUUCGUAAAGAGAUUGAGGAUGUCAAAAAUGGUGGCAGCGCAGCUCUCCUGAAAAAUGCUCCUCACUCACUUAGAGACUUGUUGGAAACCGAUGAAGAAGAAUGGCAAUCUAGAGGAUAUUCAAGACAAAAAGCUGGCUUUCCGCUGCCAUUCUUGAGAGAUUUUAAGACGUGGCCUUUCGUUGCACGUGUUGAUGACGCUUAUGGAGACAUCAACCUGAUGUGCACCUGUCCUUCAGUUGAGGAAGUUGCACGACAGUAA